CCUCAAAAUCAAAUUCACUUCCCCCUUCAAGUUCCACUCUCAAACCUUAAAGUCCUAACACUGAACAAUGAUCCCCAAACGCCUCCUGAACCCUCCAUCAUUACAAGCCUGCUCUUCAACACCCCACUCUCACAAUUGCAAGCCUCACUCACUAUGCGACGCCGUUUCCCGCUUCCACUGCACCAUCGCCGACCCCACUUCACCACCCUGCAACUCCCUCAUAGACAACCUUCGCAAGUCACGAAACUACCACCUUGUCGUCUCCGUUUACCGCAAAAUGGUUCUCGCGCGCGUUUCGCCCACCUUCACCACUCUCAGCGCUUUAACCGAAAGCUUCGUCAACACCCACCACCCAAGUUUCGCUUUUGGGGUCCUGGGGCUAAUGAUAAAGCGCGGUUUUGGGGUUAACGUCUAUAACCUAAACCUCGUUUUGAAGGGUUUUUCCCAGAGCGGUAACGUCGACAAGGCCAUGGCUUUGUUUUCCCAGAUGAAGAAAAAUUCCGAUUCUGUGGUUCCCGAUGGGUUUACUUACAAUACGCUCAUGAGUGGGUUUUGUAAAGCUAAAAAAUUGGUGGAAGCUAGGGGUUUGUUUGAGGCAAUGAAGGUUGGGCCUUGCAGGCCCAACCUUGUGACAUAUAGUGUUUUCAUUGAUUGUCUUUGUAAGAGUGGUGAGGUUGGUGAGGGGUUAGGGUUGUUGGAGGAGAUGGAGAGGGAGGGUUUGUGUGCUGAUGUGUUUGUGUAUAGUUCUCUCAUUAGUGCCUUUUGUGGCAAGGGUGAUGUUGAGAGGGGGAGGGAGCUUUUUGAUCAGAUGUUGAGGAAGAAGGUUAGUCCCAAUGUGGUUACUUACAGCUGUUUGAUGCAGGGUCUCAGUAAGAGCGGCCGGUGGCGCGAGACGGCCGGUAUGUUGAAUGAUAUGAUGGCGCGUGGAGUUCGGCCUGAUGGUGUUACUUACACGGUUUUGGCUGAUGGGCUGUGCAAGAAUGGGAGGGCGGAUGAUGCAGUUAAGGUGUUGGAUUUGAUGGUGAAGAAGGGGGAGGAGCCAAGUACUUUGACAUACAAUGUUGUUGUGAAUGGAUUUUGUAAGGAGGGUCGGGUCGAAGAUGCGCUUAGGAUUGUGGAGAGGAUGGUGAAGAGGGGGAAGAAGCCUGAUGUGGUUACUUAUAAUACAUUGUUGAAAGGAUUGUUUGGAGCUGGGAAAAUUGAUGAGGUGAUGGACCUUUGGAAGCUGUUGUUGAGUGAGGAGUUUCAUAUGAAGCCUGAUGUGUUCACGUUUAAUUGUGUAAUUCAGGGUCUUUGCAAGGAAGGGCGUCUUCAAGAUGCUGUGAGGAUCCAUUCAACAAUGGUUGAAAUGGGGUUUCUAGGUAACAUAGUAACUUAUAAUGUCUUGAUUGAGGGUUAUCUACAUGCUCGGAAACUUGUUAAGGCAUUGCGACUCUGGAAGCAUGCAGUAGACUCUGGAUUUUCUCCCAAUUCAAUGACAUAUAAUGUCAUGAUUAAUGGUCUGUGCAAAAUGCAGAUGCUGAGUAUGGCAAAGGGUUUUUUUAGUAAAAUGAAAGCUUCUGGGAUUAGGCCUACGGCAAUUGAUUACAAUGCACUAAUGGCAUCCUUGUGCAGGGAAGAUAGUUUGGAGCAGGCUAGGAGUCUGUUUCAAGAAAUGAGAAAUGUGAAUCACGAAGUUGAUGUUUUCUCCUUUAAUAUAAUAAUUGAUGAAACCCUCAAAGCAGGAGACAUUAUAUCUGCCAAGGAAUUGCUAUUGGAGAUGCUUAACAUGGAUUUCGCCCCUGAUACUGUAACCUUUUCUAUAUUAAUAAACCGGUUCUCAAAACUUGGGAUGUUGGACGAGGCCAGGUUGCUUUAUGAGAAAAUGAUCUCGUGUGGUCAUGUGCCGGAUGUUGUUGUAUUUGAUUCUUUGCUAAAGGGCUAUGGUUUAAAGGGAGAGACAGAAAAAAUCAUUUCCUUGCUUCAUCAAAUGGCUGAUAAGGAUGUUAUCCUGGACUCAAAAUUAACUUCUACCAUCUUAGCUUGCCUGUGUAACAUGUCAAAAGAUAUUGAUGUAGAGAAGAUUCUUCCAAAAUUUUCACAACAUAGUGAAAAUACAUUAAAAGGAACAAACAUUAAAUGCAAUGAGCUCUUGAUGAAACUGAAUAAUGUUCAUCCAGAGCUAAAAUUAUUUGUUGCACAAUAGUGUUUGUUUUCAGGGACAUGAUGUCGUGGUCGUCUAAAUCGCUGGAUGCUUGUACUCGGAUACACUUGGUCAGUCUCUGAUUUUGAUCAGAAAGAUCAACAACCCAACAAUCAUGGAGUUUUGAGGCCAUUCAUCUCAACCAGUUGCUCUUUUAUGAAAAGAAUUUCCAAAAUCCACUGUUGUCUUGGCUGCUUGUAUGGGAGAAAUCAUGGAGGAUUCAUCCACUACCGGCCAUCACAACGAAAGAAAAAGAAGCAGUGACAACAACGCUUUUGCCAAGUUUGUUCCUUUUUCUCCACCAUUAGGACACGACUCUGAAUUACAGGAAGCUAAAUUUGGUGGUCACCAUGACCAUGGCCACAAGAGACUCAAGCCAAAUUCUGAAUUUCCAUUAGAAACCACAACAUUCUCUUAUUUUCCCAAACAAAACAUUGGCACAAUGGAAACACCGGACUUUUCCUCUCCAUCAACUUCCAUUAAGUAUUCAGCUAACAGUGGACCAUCACCACAAUCCAUUGGUAGCAAGUCAUCACACAUCGAGUAUGUGGAGAAUGAUGGGAAAGCUGGGAAAACAGUCUCAGAUAGUUGUUAUUGGAAAGAAGUUAAGAAUCAGAGUGAGCUAGAAUUAGUGAUGUCUAUGACAGCUGAGGAACUAUCAAAGAGGCCUAAAACCGGGGGCAUCUACAAAGCAAUUUCGUGUCAAAGAGAUUGCACUGUGAAACGUUUGAAAGAUUUGUCAAAUAAAGAGCCUUCAAUAGAUGUUGGACUUGAGAUGGCUGAUGCAGCACAUCUUUUGAAGCUUAUGAGCUUCUCAAGCAAUGAGAUCGAGAUGGCAGGGCAAAAGGGUCAGAAAGGAGCUAUGUUGUUGCUUCAAGCAGAGAUCCUACAAAAGAAAGGACAGGAACUCAUAGCUGAGUGCCAGAACUUGCUGCGGGAUACGCUAUAACUUGUGGCAUUUGGAGCUUAACAGUGGUUCUGUGGGUUGAUGAGAUGGUUACAAGUUCAUGGCUUAGUUCAGAUCUCUCUGCCAUCAAACUAAGCCUUUCUGCUAUUUGGUUUGUGCUAAAAUGGAUGUAUUAUGUGCAUGUUUGGAUUACUUGAUCCAAAUCGCUUGAAAUAUUAACUUGAUUUUAAAUAAAGUUUCACAUUGAUUUA